GGGGGACUUGGGAAAGAGCAAUUCUACCAGUGUUUCUGUUCAUUAUCAGGGAAUGGACGGAGGAAUUGACGGCGGCGGGAGUUCAUCAACUUCAAUGGGAACUGUCAAUUUGAGAGGGAAAGGAGAAUCUUUGCCGGAUUUGACCGGUAAGGUUCAUCAGUUGCCAUGCUGCAUCAAAUACGAUGGUCCGACCGCCGUCUCUCACUACUUCAAGCCCAUACCCACCGGGGUAGAAAUUGAUGGUUUGAGAGUGGAGGAAGCUUACUUCAGAGGCAGAAAAUUACAGGGCACAACCGUUCCCCUUCCUCAAGGGUACUCUGGGUUUGUCUUGGGAAAGACUAGUCUAGGCAAGCAAGCUAAUAUUCCCGAAGAAAAUCCAAAUUGCUGGGAAACGAAGGCAAAGUUUCAAAAUGUAACAGUAUGGAACCAUGAUAGUCUCCCUUCACAAAAUGAUGCUUUCUUGAGAGCUUUUCACUGGUUUGCUGUUGCAAAAUCUCUACACCAACCUGUCACUGCUGAAGAUCUUGAAUCUUCAUCCAUCAGUCAGAAGCUGGAGUAACCUUUCAGGUGGCUAUUUGAAAUAUGAGCUGCAGUCGUGCUAUUUUGGGAAUGCUGAACUGGAUCCUGUUCGCAAUGUGGCAUAAUCGCUCCAGAAGCCUGAUGUUGUGCAUAAGUGCUUGUAAUGCGCCUUUUGUGGUAUUCAUUUUUUGUUAUGGAAUACUAAUAACUUGUCAAAAGGACGACAUGUAAGAUCAGUGGGUGAGGCAAAUUCUGCGGACUUGUAAGAUCAGAUACUGCAGGUACUGACAAUGGCAAGUCAGAACCUAAUCACUUUGUAGUUUGCAUAGAGUAGGAAAAGAAAAAAAGAAAGAUUCGUCCUUUCGAGUACUCUUUUGUUCUCUCUGGACAAGUUCGAAAUAUACUGUAGCAGCUUCGAAGUUGUCAAGUGAAAUCAAAUGUCAUCCAAUAUGUCAGACUCUGUUCUUUUUGGUGCAGCACAUUCACAUAGUUCCCUUA